AUGAAAGGGUCCUCUGCGAUGAGAAUGAGGGAACUGCAUCGAGGUCAAGGUUCCGGGGCGUUUUGGCUCCCGAUCAGUUCCUGGAUCGCCUUUCAGUUGCGCUUUGCGGCAGAGCACAUGGUGGUAUUGACGGGUGCAGUGGCCGCGUAUUCCGGCGGCGGGAAUAGUAAUCCUCCUCGUCCAGGGUUCCUUGAAAAUAAUCGACUCGAUCAGGAGGUUAUGAACCCUUCGAACACUAGGUCACGUUUUGCGAACGCUUUCGCCUCCGUAAUGCGAAGCUCCGCGGCACGCCUGGAAAGUGGUACUUCUACGGCUUGUUUUCAAAAGUUGUGUAUGUCUGUGUAGUAUCAAAUUCAAAGUGCUUUUUUUAGUCAGUUGAAAAAUUACAUCCACGGGUAUUUUUCGUUCCUCUUUGAUUUCCAUUUCUCUCACACGACUCAUGUAAGUACUAUGCAGAGAACUUCUUUGUUCUUUCACCAGUUACAGUUUCAAUCUCCGAAGAAUCUGUUACACAGAGCACGCGGCGGCCUCCGCAUCCAGUGUGACUGGCUACAGCGAUCCUACGAAUCCGAAUUUCCUUCCCGGCACGGCAUCGACCACAGGAGGGAAAAUAAAGGGUGCGGCGUCCUUUCUGCAGGAAAGCGUGCGCAGUGGGCUUCUGCAGGAGCGCUCUAAGUUUGCAGCCGCUUUGAGUAGAAACAAGUACACAGCCCAAUCUACAGGCUCGGAGGCCCUCGGGAUCUCUCUCGCGGGCGAGCAAGGACCGCCCCUUGCCGGUCCCUUCCGCGAGUACCAAGUGCAAAAAUGUCUAGGUCUGGAAGAAUGCAAUUUGUGAUGCUGCAUUUGGAUUCCAAAAAAAUCUGUAUUGCAUGAGUAGCAAAGGGAAUGCAGUUUUUGCUACGCUGAGAAGGCAUUUGCCAUGCGGAAUAGCCAUCAAGAAGCCCUCUGUAUUGCUAGGGUAUGCAUCACAGACAUCGUGGCUCAUGUAAAACGUGCAUGACAAGAACUGUCAGGACCUUCCAGAGCCAGACAUUUUUACAGUUGAAAGCGAGACGGGCGUGUCGAUUUUGCCGCCGACCUACUUCAAGCUGGGUACUUACUACAACUGAGCUUUUUGUGAUGUAAAAGCAGGAAAUGAAAAGUGAAAAUCAAAUGGCGAUCAUGGAUGUCGCGAUAGGAUCAUCGCUGUGAUCAUGCUGUCAGCAUUUACAGUUGUACAGAAAAUUUUGAUCCUACGCCGCUAUUGAAAAAACGCGUAUUAGGUUUACAAUAGUGCGUUUAUAAUUUUCCAAAAUCAAAAACCAGAUUACGGCGAGGUUUGCCCGGCCAAGGGAAAGUUGCAGAGUGUAGAGGAGUGCGAUUUUGCUGCGAAACGGCUGGGCAUUAACCGGGAUGCAGGCAGUAUUCCACGAAAAAAGCUGUGUUAGUGUCGAAGUCUGACAAAUAAUACGUUCUGCAUGACUUCAGAGAAUAAAAGCGUGUGCUGCGCAGCUAGCACAUAACAACAUAUAUCUUUCUAUGAAAAGAGGACUUCAUGUCUGGCCAGCAUGACAAGUGUAACUAUGUUGCAAAUGCUUGCUUUGCACGACAGACUUACACUUACACUGUUUUGUUCUUUGAUAGGCAGCGUACAGGUUGACCAGAUCAAAUUGCCGGAAAUUUUGCCCCAAGGUGUAUCGAAGUGAAAAGUCGUGCCCCUACCUCUGGAAAGGGAAAGUGUUUGUAUUUCUAAGUUCAGCCUUCUUCCUGCUAUCUUGCAUCUUCCAGCAUGAGAAAUUUUCAGUAGGGAAUAGCAAAAAUCUGUGUUUCGCAAAGGCCUAGCAACUGCAAAAUUUGUCGCUUGUGAGAGAUACUUCCUAGGCCGACGCUCUGAAUCAGGAAGACUCAUGCUCCUUUCAUGCAACACAAAAACUUUGCAUCAGAAACUAAAUUUUUGCCACUUCCAGCGGUAGUGCACUUUGUACCCGGAUAAGGUUGCAUCUACCACAAGGGUCACCAAUAUCCAACAAGAAAAGUUCGUCACAAUCCCUCAUCAGCUAGAAUCUUGCUGCAUCACACACAAUCAAAUCUGAUGCGGAGUUUCUCUUCGUGUUUUUUGCAAUUUUAAUACGAGAAAAGCCUGUGACUUUCGGAGAAACAUUAACAAUAACAUGCAGAAGACCACGGCCUAUACUAUCGACGAAGUUUUCUCUCUCCAUAGCCAACGCAUGUUCUUCAACAAGGACGGCAAAGUCGACAGCGCGAAUCCUGAUGUACGUACUUUUUCUGUUGCAACGACUUAUGUACUUGCUGUUGGUUUUGCUCCACACACAAUUUUCAGUGUAGGUCUUUUACUUGCAUAUUUUGUAACUUUGUAAGUGCAAGGGCGAGCGGGAGUGGGCGUUUCGGUUUUUUCUGCAACAUCUUGACUUUUUCAAUUGAGAACCAAAAAAGGUUUCUUCCAUCUGCAAGACGCGGUCGUUGUCGAAAGUCUCCGCUUAAGCAUCGCAAAUAUGUCUGGGUCUGAAAGGUUGAUGCAACUUGUCAUGCUAUGUCUGGAUGAUGAUGACAUGAUCCGAAUCCGAUGCAAAGAAAUUUGUGUUGCAUGAUUACCAGGAGUUGUGCAAGUGUAGGGGAAGUUAAAGUUUCUCAUGCAGGAGAGGCACAGAGUUUGUCAUGCUAAGUUCGGCAUUCGAGACCUCCUGCGCCAUGGCAAAUCAGCAUGGCAAACUCCUGCAAUCUUGCAGACCCAGACAUAGUUUUUGCAGUUGAUACCGCUUUGCUCGACCAGACGGUGAUGCCCCUGAGCGUUCCGACGCACAUGCUGUUUGGCAACGUGAUUCUGACCUGCCCCGACAAGGAACGAAUCCUGCAAGACCCGGAGAUGUCCCAGCAGGUGCAAUAUCAAAUGCAAAAAUGUCUGGGUCUGGAAGAGUGCAAGUUUGUCAUGCUUAUGUCUGGCACGAUUCGAGAAUCUGUGUUGCAUAGGCACGAAAAGGCCCUCUUACCUGUCAUGCAAAAACGCAGUUUGCCAUGCGGAAUACGUAAGACAUUGCAGCCAAAAAAUUUGUUAUGCAUAGCUGCGUACUGCAGUACGUCUAUCAUUCACCUUUUCUGGACGCUGACAGGCAAUCGGGUCGCAUAUCGAUAGGCUGGGACUUCGGUUCCGGUUUAGGCUAGCGCUCAAGGCCCGUAGCGAUAAUUAUUGCGUGCGAAUUGGAAAGAAAAAGGAAACAAGGAAAAAAGGAAGAAAGGAGAUUUAUUUUGGGAUUGAAGUGUGUUCUAUUUUGUGUAAUUACAAGUUUUCAGACCCAGACACUUUUGCAUUUGAUAUGCAAACGGCGGUGAAGGCCUUUCUCGUGCGCUCCAUCAUGGCGGAACGAUUUGACCUCACCCCGAAAGAUGCGGGGCUCUGGAGUCCGGAGCGGCUGCGGAUGGACGUGGUGGUGGACCGAUUGUUAAACAGCGAGGACUGGGGAAGGAAACUUCCCAAAACGGACGUGAACGAGUACAACACGAAGGAAAGCACGAAGUUGGAGGGCGAGCGAGGCAGAUCCGCGUUUGGACCGGACAAACAGCCUAGUGUCGCCCAGAAGCUGACUUUUGGAGGCAACAACCUGAUGCUCUUAGCGCUGUCCUCUGGGAGGAAAAAAGGUCUGCGUGAAAACAGAUCAGGAGGCCCGGCGGGAGUAGAUGCACAAGAACAGCAAUCUUCUACGAAGAGCCAGAACGGCGAUCACGUCGUGCCUUCUUCUGCCUCGAAGCAAGACGAGGCAGAGGUUUCGCAGCUCCGCUCCUCCACGAACAGUCUCCAGUUCAACUCGGUACAGAAAAUGCUUGCAAGGCCGUCGGGCAGUGAAGACCACAAGCGGCCACGAAACAAACCCGUCGUGGUGCCAACGUUUGUGCAGUGGGAGGACCACGAACGGGUGGCGGUGGCGCGGGAGGCUGGUCGAGGACAGAAAAGGUCCGGAGGAGCGGCCCCCUCUAGUACUUUUGCGGCGCUGCAGAUGCGGAUGCGCCGCACGGGAGGAAGAUCGAAAGCAUCACGAAUGAUGAACACCGCGGGUGCAGGUGCAGCCGCGACGAGUAGGGGGAGGUUUUUUAUGGGUCGUGGAGGUGCUACAGGAUCAAGAACUGCUCUGCAGCAGCGUAGUAGAAGUGUCACCCCGUCGUCAAGAACGUCUCAGCCGAAGAUGAGGAGAGUGCAGCAGCAACGCGAUCGAGGACCAGCGGUGUACGAAUACAAGUAUCACCGGAAGAAGAUGACGUCGCCGACGACGGAUGAAGACCAGCACCGCAAAGGGACCGAAGAAGUCGAUUUGCAAAACGCCAAGGUCGACGAGGGUAGUGCGAAAAGGGCUAUUGACGGUCGUUUGAACUACGACCGAGCAGAAGAAGAUCAUGUUCUUGCUGUGUCAGCAUCAAGCAGUCGCUCGGGUGAAAAAAAUAACCCGCGGUCCUCGCCAGUUGAUGCGUCGGAGCAACAGCUGCACGAGCGGGCACUAGCAACAAUCCCCUUCGAGCAGGGCAUCGUGCGUGGUGGGAAGGCUCUGGACCAAACCCCGGCGACCAUUCUCCUGCAGCACCAGCGGGGCAAGCCGCCAAAUUUCUGCACCGCCAAUCCGGACCGGUGCUUGCGGAUCUCCUUCGCGAUCGCUGCACCGGAAGAAGAAAUUUCGCAGAUGUUCGGCCGGAGGUUGUCUGCGGUAUUUCAGUAUACUAACUUACUAGGGGUACUAUGGUUCUUUCAUCUUGCGAUUUUCAUCGUCUUCAACUUCAUGUCACCUUCAGUAUACUCCGGCGCGUGCUCAGAUUAAAAACCUGACAAAAACUUCUAUCAGCUCGCUGUGAAUUAUGACGCGAACACCAAGGAAGGGCUGGAAUCCGCGUUGCGACAGAACAACGUGUUACCGCCUGAGCAGUUCGAGCUUUUGACGCUGGACGAACAGGUGGUGGAAACGGAGCUUGCUUCGGGUGCCAGAUCCACGGUGCAAGACCAGCGGGUGGACGUGGAAUACCGGUCGGGGUUGAAGGAUUACGAGCAAGGCAAGUAUUACAAUCAGGACUACAGCGCCGAUCCCUACCUGUCCGGUCCGAAAUACCGCACACGGUACGCGGUGCAGCCGGGCGUCGCAGAUGACGCCGUCUCGUAUGGCAGUCCGAACGCGCAAGCCGACUACAGCGACGGGGACCUGGAGAACAAAAUCAAUUACCAAAAAUCGUCGACCGCUUUGCUGCAGAAGGACCACUCGGGCGAUGACUUCGGGUACCACUAUUUCCCCGCGCAGGAACAAGACAGCAGAGCUUUGCGGAAGUUGCUGCAGAACCUGUAUGGGGAGGAAACGGGGCGACGAAUCAAGUUUCGCUUUUCCCCACCUCCGAUAUAGUAAAAAAUUAUAUGCCCGAACGAAUUGGUAUGGAUUAAAUGAGUUUUUUUACCAAAAGUCAAAAUUUUGAAAUGCCAAAGCAACGACAGAAAGGAACUCGUCACACGGCGAGGUCCUCUGGGGACAAAAAUAGAUAAUUGCAGCGUGGUCGUGGUUCCUAGGAGGCCCUGUUAUGAAAUUCCGUUUUUGUUUCAAAGAAAGUAAAAGUUUCUUUAAAUCUAAAUGUAUAACUCUCCCAAGAACAUCAGGAACUGCUACAACUCUAGUGCGAGGAAAAGCGAAUGAAUCACUGUACAAUGAAUUGAAUGAUUUUUAAUGAGCCAGCAUGAAGUAAGAUACUGAAAUUCAAUGUAAGCAGUUGCCAUUUUUUUGUGAAUGCUGGGAACAAAUGCAAGAAAAGAAUCACUGUGUGGCCGCAGUUUCUGCAGUGCACGCAACCUCCGGUUCGGU